CUAAGAUUGAGAUUUGAAAGAAUAUUUUGAAUUAACUCUCUGGUACCGCCGUAACAUGCUAUAUUCGGCGUACGAUAAAAUCGAUCAAACAAAAAUAGGAAAUCGCAUAUUGCAGUGGUGGCGAUAAUCGUAUGUAAUUCGUUCAGAAAGUUGAUAGAAUUUGUUUUCUUAAUUUAGAAUAUAUCGAAGAGAAAACAUUCUCUUCUGGUUUUUCAUGUGAAGGAAUUUUACAUAAGCAUAAAACAAAGUAUAAUUUCAUUAUAGGAAUCUCUGAUAGUAUGAAGAAUUCUAAAGCGAGAUCUAGCUCGACAUUCUUUCCGCCCCUACAAUCGACAAACCGCCAAACGAUUGAUGGAAAAGAUGAGCUUAUCCGUGAUGAAAAAAUCAAUUCUGUUGAAACACUGCCACGUAUGGUCGAUAAAUUAUUUAUCAGUGAAAGUACAAAUAAGCGAGAUAUCACGAAUAAAUUAAUUCAAGAAACUACAGCUCAAGAAGAUAUUAUGGAAUACGAUUUAAAAAGAAUGACGACUUCUUUAUAUGAUAUUGACGAAAUGUCUUCUGAAGAACUGUAUACUUCUCUAUGUAGAAUUACAGAAAAUCCACGACAGCCGUUUUCAUUUUUAGCAAAUAUCUCCAAUGAAUUUUCUAACGGCAAUCAGUCGUCGAUAGAGACAGGGACUACGGAAAUCGACAUACAAUUAGCUGCUGUAGCGAAGCAUAUUGAAUCGAGUAAAAUUUUAUUGGAUAAGGCUAAAUCUUACGUAGAAGAUAUACGUCUUCGUGCUAAACAAAAUGUUUGUCCAUCGUCUGAAAUAAAUGGCUAUUACGACGAUAAAACUAAGAUAGAAAAAAAAGAACAGUCCUCUUAAACUGUUUCGAUCCUGUAAACUUGCAAAAAAUACGAAAUCUUUUAAUCAGAGAUCUUCAAAAGGCCAUUUUUUAUUCGUUAUGUGUUACGUGACGCAAUUUAAAUGUUAUAUCAUUAUAAAUAAAA